UCCACCAACAGCCCGAACUUGAACCAAACCCUGAGUCCAAUCCUGAGCCAAAACUCGAGUCCAACUCUGAGUUCAACUCUGAGCCCGAACUUGAGUCCAACCCUGAGCCUAACCCUGAGUCCAACACUAGGCCCGAAUGGAUU